AUGGUAGGGCUGGGAAAUAGCUGCCGAGGGAUGAAGUCACCACCUCUUCUCGUGGCUGCACUUGUGGCAUGCAUCGUUGUUUUGGGUUUCAAUUACUGGAUUGCAAGUUCUCGCAGCGUGGAUCUACAGGGUCGAAUCAUGGAUCUGGAAGGCAAAGUCCGCAGGGCAGCAGCAGAAAGGGGUGCUGUGGAGCUCAAAAAGAAUGAAUUCCAAGGGGAGCUAGAGAAGCAGCGGCAGCAGAUUGACAAAAUCCAGUCCUUGCACAGCUUUCAGAUGGAAAAUGCCAACAGAGUACACCAGGAGGAGAAGGCAGUGCUCAUGAGUAACAUCACAGUAAAUGAAAGACUGAUCCAGGGUCUACGAGAACACUUGAAAGAGUUGCAGACAGAAUAUGGAAGGCUACAGCUGGAUGUUCUCUGGUUUCAGAAGAACCAGACUAACCUUCAGAAGAAGUUUUCAUAUGACCUGUCACAGUGCAUCAACCAGAUGAAGGAAUUAAAGGAACAAUGUGAAGAAAGGAUAGAUGAGCUUAGAAAAAAGGGUAGUGAUGUGCCACAAAUCAAGGAAAACAAAAGUCUCUCAGAAGAUUCGAAAAAAAAUAGCCAGGUCACUACUCAACUGCCAGAAGUGAUGAAAACUGAAUUCAAGCAGACUGACUUAGAACAGCAGAAACCCAGUGAAGAUGUACCUAAAGCAGUACCUGCAGUAAAAAAGACAGACCCACUGCAGGCUAAAGAAAGAAUUUCCAGCCUAACUGAUACCAGAAAACAGGAGUUUAAGACAGAAGACGAAAAGCUUUCUAGUCAACUGAAAAAAACACAGGAUUUUCUCAAGCCUGCUGCAGUUCAUAAGGAGAUGCUGCCUGACUCAGAAAAGGAGCUGAAUCCAUCUGAAGAUGAAAAACAUGUAGCUGGGCAAGAUGCAUUACAGCUGGCAGAAGGGCAGGCUGCCAGUGAGGAAAUUGAGAGGGAAGACCUCCUAAAUGAUGAUGCUAAUCAGGAUGACUUGCCCCCUGGAAAGGCUGACAAACAUGAAAAUGAAGCACUGAAGGAGGACAAGGAUAUUGAUUACAAUUUAGAUGAGAAUGAAGCUGAAUCAGAAAUGGACAAGCAAGCAGCACUUGCAGGGACUGAAAAUGCUAUGAAGAACCACUUACCUGAGCAUGGUGAAGAACGACAGAAGUUGUGAACAAAGGAGGUUAAUGAUGCAACUUAGUUGCCUCUUCACAUAAAUGCAGCUAGGACGACAGCAAAGUGA